UCAUUUUUUACUGAGGGAAAACUUUCACAUGAAUGUAGGCUGAUGGGCAGGAGGAGAGGUGGGAGAUAAAGAAGGGAAGAGGAUGUUGGCGGAGCAAGACCUGUAGGGACACAAAGGGAUGGAGUCCAAUGUUGCAGCAGAGACAGGAGCCUUGGAUUAGAGGAAUGCCUUUCCCCUUUCUCCUGGGGAAAGGAGGGGUGUAGGUAUAAAGACAUAGAACUUGGUCUCCUUCUUGGGCAUUCUUCUUUGUCAAUCCCUCAAGUGCUGUGUUCCUCAAGGUUCUAACUUCAGUCCUCUUUUAACUUGACACAUUCAUUCACACCCAUGAGCACCUUUACUUUGAUAAAUGUCAAACCCACUUCCAAAGUAAUCUGUCUGCACAGAUUGCCUAGUAGAAGUUAAAACAUAUGUCCAGAACUAAAUUAUCUUGCCUAACAGAUUCCCUCAUGCAUUUCUAAUUUGCUGAGUAGCUCUACUGAGCCAUAAAGGAGUCACCUUCAAUUUUUCCCACUUCUUCACCUUCACUUUUGUUCAUCUCUCAGAGGUUCUGUCAGUUCUAUCUCCUGAGUAUUCUUGAAUCCAUCUCCUUGUUUUGGAACCAUAUUUGCCUCUCGGCCCUCAUUACUUCUCACCAGGAUUAUUGAAAAUGACUCCUAACUGAUUCCCCAGACUUCAGCCUUUUCCCUCUCAAAACCACCCUCCACAUUGCUGCUCAAGUAUUGUUCCUAAAACCAAAUACGAUUAUAUCACUCCCCUGCUUAAAAUCAUUUGAUGGCACCUGAUUACGUUAGAAUAAAGUCCAUACUCCUUAGCCUGGGGCCCUCUCUGGUAGGGCUUUUCCAUGAAUAUCUUCUCUUCCCCACAUAUCCCUGUGCUCCAGCUGUUCUGUACAUCACACUGUUUCCAGUCUAAGGUCUCCCUCUGCAGCUCCUCUUCCCACUCCCUGGAACCCAUUUUCCCCACUUUAUAACCUCUUCUGCACUUUGGGACUUCUCAAUUCCUCCUGAAGCCUUCCCCAAGCUCAGGCUAAUUUACAUCCCUUUACCAAACUACUUACCUGGCUGGAUUGGAAUCUUUUUCUUACCUGUCUCUGCCAUCAGACUUCAGGACAAGGACAAUGCCUAGUAUGUAGUUUUCAAUAAGCAUUUAAUUACUUAAGAAAGAGACAGGAAGUUGAAGGAGCUCAUAAGCCUGAUGGCCUCUCUAUGACACAUGCAGGAAGGUAAGAGUAGCAGGGGGUGAAUAGUGUGCAACUGGAGGAAAGGAUUAAAGGUUUAGAAUGGCUGCUAUGCAAAUAGCUGACUGGAGAGGGAAAAAAGGGUGACAAGGAGCUUUAAGGAACAGUUCUUUCAUGUCUUUCCUCAAUGCUAAAUACCAAGGUUGCAAAUACUUUAUAUUCGUUAGGAAAAUACUACUACCCACCAAAACUUAAUCAUGAGAUCACAUCCACUGGUAUUAGUAGAGUUCUGAAACUAGACAGGAUCCUAGAGAUUAUCUUGCCCAAUCCCUUCAUUCUUUGCAUGAGGAUACAGGCCCAGACAAGGCACUUUCUUAAAUUGCACAGCAAAUUAGUUCUAGAAAUAGAACCAAAACCCAAUUUGUCACUCAUUUUACUGCCUCAUGUUUCCAUUUACUUUGUUUCAAUUUUUCUAUGAUUUCAUUAUUUAUGUACUCAAAAGGACACUUGGGGAAAGCAAGGAGACUAUGUUCCUGUGAUGAUAAUAGAGAAGCAGCGGCAAUAGUGCUUAGACUUGUACUUCUCAGAGCUGAACCAAAGACCAUAAUUCGAAUGGGAAGCUUUGUCUACCAUACUCUUUGUAUUGGUGGAAUCACUUAUCUAUGUGCUACAGACAAUGCCAUGGAUAUUAUAACACCACCAGCAUUUCUUAAAAACGUUAGUGAUACAUUUCUGAGAAAUUCUUUGAUGUCACAAGAAUAUUUUUCUCCUUCAAAUACAGUUGCUGCAGAUUUUCAACAAGUAUUAGGAAAGUAUAUGGCCAAAGAAUCCCCCAAAACAAGAAAGAUUUCUAGGAGAAUAUGGUGGAAACACUUCAGAAAGAUUAUAAUCAUUGCUGUGGCAAUUCUCCUUUCAAUCAUCAUCAUUCAUUUAAGUGCAAAUGUAUUACCAACCUGACCUUCUUCUCCCAUCCCCAGCAGGUACCAAUAAAUUAUUACAUGUAAUUAUAGAGUUCUACAACUAUUAUGGGAGCAUUCUCUAGUGGCUGGAGGACUGGAGGAAAAGGGAGUUUGAUGUAUUUUCCUGUCCCUUGAUUCUUUUGUCUUUAUACCUCUUCAUUUCUCUAAUUCCUUUUUGUUUUCUUCCACUACUCCAACUGCUUCCCCAGCCUCUCUGCUCUUUGUUAAGAUUAAGAGCACAAACCCAAGAACACUGGAUCAGGCUGCCAAUGUUCAACUCCACUCUGCUAUAGGCCAUCCAGGUGACUUUGGAUGGUUAGACUGUGCCAGUUUCCAAACCUGUAGGAUGGAGCUAGUAAUAAUACCACAUGUAAAUGCUAUUUAAGUCUUAACUUAAUACAUUUAUGGCCCUGAUUAAAUCCCUAUCAUCUUACUCCUUACUCAGAAAUUACCUUGACCUUAAUAGUUCCUUAGAAAUAUGAGAAUCUUAACAUGAGUACCAUCCAGAGAUACACAUUCACCUCUUCUACAUAGUUUCAUUUGAAAU